GGACUCAUGGCUGACACAGGAGCUACACCAAUGCUGAUCUUAGCUCACACGCUUGUGAUACUUUACGCAUUUGCACCGUGCUCUGGGGCAAAUGUUAAAAUUGGUGUCCCUGAAAACUAUGAUGGCAUUUUCCCAUGGUAUCUAACCAAGCUCCACAGCUUGCCUGGUAAUUACAGUGACCUGGUGGUGACAGGGGAUGAUGAGGGGAUAUUUGGAGUCGAUGCUCAGUUUCUGUACGCUCUAAAACCACUGGACAGAGAGAAACAGCCAUCUUACUCUCUGCAGGUGUCCUUCAGAACAUCAGUGCACCGUCAGAGCUUCACUGUCGAAGUGUGUGUCAUCGACAAGAACGACAAUGUGCCUGCUUUCAUUGAGGAGAGCAUGAGAGGCAGCGUUCAGCUCGGCCUUCUCAAAGGUAUCCCAUUCAUGCAGGUGGAGGCCCUGGAUCGUGAUGACCGCAACACCGCCCACGCUGACCUGCGGUUCAGCCUCAUGGAACAGACACCCAGGAUUCCCUCCAGUCAAAUGUUCUUCAUCGAUUCCAUCACUGGAGAGGUUUCUCUCACUGAGGAAGGAGCCUCAACUCUGGACCCAGAGAUGUGCGGCCGUUAUAAGCUCUUAGUGAUGGUGAAGGACAUGGCGGGGAAGGCAAACGCUUUCUUCACCACUGGCAUUGUUACUGUUGAGGUUACUGGAAACACCUGGGCAUCGCCCGACCCUGUACGACUUCAGGAGAACCUCCCAGGCCCCUACCCCAUCCCCAUCUCACAGGUCAAAUGGAGUGGAAGUCAGGCAGAGUACAGUCUGGAGGGGGAGUUUCCAGAGAUGCUGUUCACCAUCAGCAGAGAAGGAGUCAUUUAUCUCAACGCUCCUCUGGACAGAGAGACACAAGACCAGUUCCAGAUUAGUAUUGUGGUUGAGCGUCCAGAUGGCCGAGAGAUUGCCAAGCCUGUGGAGCUGAGGGUGAUGGUGGGCGACGCCAAUGAUAACAGACCCACCUUUCCACAAGCGCAGUACCAUACUGUGGUCAAAGAACUGGCUGCUCGAGGGACAGAAAUCCUGACAGUGCAGGCAGCCGAUAAUGAUGACCCAAAGACAGACAAUGUGCGGAUCUUCUACCGUUUAGUCGGACAAAUUCCAGAGAGUCCUCGUGCCCUCUUCAGAGUGGACCGUGACUCAGGGGUCAUCUCUGUCCAAGCAGACAGUAUGGAAGGCACAGGACCACAGUACACCCUCACCAUCACUGCUGAGGAUGCCAAAGGUCUGAACAGUUCCUGCACUGUGGUUGUGACAGUGCAGGAUGAGAACAACAACCCACCAGUCUUCUCCCAACAUGAGUAUGGCCCCUUUCACAUCCCAGAGGACGCUCCAGUGGGCACCACAGUCACAGCUGUGCUGGCAGGGGAUGCAGAUGUUCGAGGCGGAGACAGCUGGCAGGUGGACUACCGUUUAGAGUCUGGAAACGAGGAGGAGGUCUUUACAUUAGUGACAGACAAGCAGACCAAUGAGGUCUCACUUGUGCUCUCGAAGGUGUUGGACUUUGAGCGUGAGAGUGAGUACAUCCUGGUUCUCAGUGCUCAGAACCCAGUGGCUCUGGUUCGUGGCCGAUAUGGACCUGCAUCCACAGCAACGGUUUCUAUUUAUGUCGACGAUGUGAACGAGGGUCCAAUCCUGUCUCAAAGCCAUUACGAGGUGACCGUCAGAGAAGGCGAGGAACCAGGACGGGUUAUUGCCACCAUCCGGGGUUAUGACCCUGAUUCUCACCCAAUCAGAUAUUCUCUUCAAGGGGACACCAAGAAAUACUUUUCAAUAGGGAAAUACUCUGGAGAACUGAAGACUGUGCAGGCCUUGGACAGAGAGGAGAACAGCACGUACACCAUGGAGGUCAUUGCAGUGGAUGGACGAAACUCUUCUUUAUCUGCAUCCACCCUGGUAACGGUCCAGAUCCUGGAUGUGAAUGACAACAGUCCAGUUCUGGUUGGAGACUACUCCUGGAAGUACCUGUGUACGCCUCGCUGGGAGGACCAAGCUCUGGUGCUGGCCUCCCGGGACAGUGAUGGACCACAGCACGGAGGACGGCUCAACUUCUCCCUGCGCAGUGAUGCCACAGUUCGACGUAAUUGGAAGCUAACACCUAUUAAUGAUACUCACACCAACCUGUCCUUGAACAUCCCAUACCUGGCCCCUGAGGUCUACACUGUGCCCUUCACCAUCUCUGACAGCAGCUCCCCUCCCAGGAGCACCUUCAUAAACUUGCCAGUGACAGUUUGUCCCUGCAACGUCAGAGGGAACUGCAAAAUGGCUGCCAGGCAGUUGCAGGGCAUGCCAACUAUUCAGUCUGCAGUGGGUAUUCUGCUUGGCACCUUUGUGGUCAUAGGAAUUAUCCUCAUUGUUAUAUUUGUGAGACUGUCCUACCAGAACCCCAAAAGGCCGAGCAAAACUAACCAGGAGAGAGUUCCCUUGAAGAUUUCCAUCUAAUUAAGAUGGCGCUCUAUUGUCUGUCCUGCUGACUGUCCUGUCCAACUGGACUAAAGUAACACUGUGUGCUUUCAGGGCACUGAAUCAAAGACCGUGAAUGUCAAAAAAUGAAUGUAUAUAUCAGUGGAUAAGAUGUACUCUGACCUGAAAAGCAAAAUUCCAAGAUACUUUAGAUUAGUUUUUAGAUGUCUAAUAAACGGU